UUCAUAUUCAGUAAAACCUGUUAAACCAAAAAUCAGUAAAAGAAAAAAUGUUGGCGAGUCAAAAACUGGUAGUAAAAAGACCAAGAUUGGAAAGCAAUCGGAAUCAUACAAGGAUAUUUUUAUGGAUUUGAUAUCAAAAGGGAAAGUUGAAAAUGAUGUAUUGAACACAUUAACAAUGAAGGAAGGAAAUAAUUCAUACACUUUUAAAUGUCCUGUUGCACCACACUGUGAAGACUACUAUGUUAUUCAGCAUUACAAAAUUAGUACAAUUCAAGAUAUUCCGUCAGAUGAAAGAUGGAAACAUGCGGAAGCUAGUAUUAAAAUUCAUACAUCUACUAGAGAUACAAAAGAUUCGAACAUUUCAAACAAAAUCAAUGACGUUGUUCGUGAAAUAUUGGACCGGUUUUCAGCAGAUCCUAAGAAAAAAAUUAUUAAAAAUACUAAAAAAUAAAUUAACAACAAUUUAAA